ACCGGAAGGGGCGGGGCGUCGUCAGCCCUUUCGCGUUCGCGGUCUCUCCUGCAGGCACCUGAGGAUGGCCCGUACUAUGGAACCACUAGCAAAGAAGAUCUUUAAAGGAGUUUUGGUAGCUGAACUUUUAGGCAUUUUUGGAGCAUAUUUUUUGUUUAACAAGAUGCACGGAAGCCAAGAUUUUAGGCAAACAAUGAGCAAGAAAUUUCCCUUCAUCUUGAAAGUUUAUUACAGAUCCACUGAGAUGUCCGGAAUAUAUGGAAUCAGAGAGCUAGAUGAAAAAAAAUGGUUGGAGAGCAAAAAUUAGAUUUCUAGGUCUACUGUUCUAAGAGACAACAAUUUGGGAAAUGCUGGAAAAACAGGAAGGAGAAGACAGAAGUAUGUUACCCAGCAAAAUCCAUAUCAUCCUUUCCAGAGCUGAAACAGUUAUCAUCUUCAAAUGUGUCUGCCAGAGAAUACAGAAAUUGUGAGAUACAACAAAGAAUGACAAGCCUGAUACACAUCUUAUAUCUGAAUCAAUUAUUCUAAGUCAUGAUUCUGCUGUUUAUGACAAGUAAACACCAAAACAAUAUAAACGUGACUGUUGCUGGUGUGUCUUAAUAAUGUAUAUAAACCUGUGAAAUACUGAUGUUAGUUAAAUCCCAAAACUAAAAAAGGAGCUAGUUAAUUUUGGCUCUUUCUACAGUUCUUUCAUGGAAUGAGGGUGAAUAUCAAAUAAAAUGAUAUUUAGCAAUUGUAGUCCUUUUUACUCUAUUAGAACUACUUAAGUGCUCAUUUUUAAUAGGUGUGAUACAAUAUGUAACAUCUCAUGCUUGUAAUCCCAGCACUUUGGGAGGCUGAGGAGGAGUGUUUACCAGCCUGAGCAACACAGCAA